AUGGAGCUCGGUACCAAGAUUCUCAAAACGAAGCGCGUCCGGCCGUCGUCGGCCAAGGCGGCGCGACCGACGCCACCGACGGACGACCAAGGCACCUCGCACGUCAAGCUCGCGAUCCUGCAGCACAUCUUGCAGCGCGAAGAGUGCAUCUCGGAGCUUCUCGAGACGGUGCAGCACCACGCAGUGGACGCCGCGCUGCUCUUGUCCUUCUUGCCGCUGCUGCGCCUGUGCACGCUCGCGGUCGUCGAGGCCAUCGCCACGUGGCAGCGCGCCGCGACCGACAGCGGUCGGCGCUACCUCUGGCAUGGCGCCAACUACCUUCUCAAGGUCCGGUCCGAUACCGACUUUUUGGACAGCGUUUUGGCCGACAGCAUUCUCGGGCUCUCGAGUCUGUGCAGCAACCCGUUCUUUACGUCGCUCAACCUCACCGCGCCGCAGCUUCGGCGCCUCGCGAGCAGCGACGAGCUCUCGGACGACAUGGUCUCCUGCAUCGUGCGCCGCGUCCGGUUCGGUGAGGAUGCCAGCGUCGUCGACCCGGUGCUGGCGACGCGGGUAGUCCGUGCGAUGGUACACAUUGUGCGCGAAGAAAUUCUGGUCGACGCGCUGACGCCGAUGCGCACCGUCGCGCCGCUGCAGUGGAACGUCAGCGAGAGCGCCGAGGCCGAGGCGCCAACGCUUCGCACAAGGCGUUCCAAGCACCGACCACCGCCCUCCACAGAGACCAAGGUCGAGGCGGAACCAGCCAAGACCUCGCCGCCGUCGGCUGCUCGACGUCGCCGCCGCGUGGACACGAGCAGCUCCAUGUCGGAGCUUCAGCGCAUUUUUGAGCUCUGCAACGACGUGACGACCGCCGCCGGGCAGCUUCAGACGCAGCUGCGUGUGCUUGAUGAAGCCACGGGCAAUGAGCAGCCGAAAGCGAAAACUGUAGAUGACAGACGAGACGUUGAGCCGUCAUGGGCCCUGGCAACGCCGGUACUAGCGACCCCAAAGGCGGCUCUGAGAGCUCCGACGCCGGAGCCUCUCGAGUCUGCGGCGGAUAUCGUCGAGAUCAUUCCGACAGAAGACGACGACGAUGUGCUCCGGAGCAUCACUGGGCGGCUCCAGACGCUGCGGGCGCUCGUGGCAUUGGAUGACGACGUCACUGUCGACGAGCCAACAACCGAGGUGCACCGCGUGGAACCGAGUCCGGAGCCGACAAUCACGAACGACAACGUCGCCUGUGAAGAAACCAGCCAAGCAACAUCACCUCGCAUCAACAGUGCGAACCAAGCACUCUGUGACCAAGGCAGCAACCAUUUUGGUUUCAGCAACAACCAGCACGGCCCCAGCCACGACCGCCACAGCUCCAGCAGCAACGACGAGUCCACCGGCGUCACCGCCGGCUACGGAACGGUCACCAACGCCGUUGAUGGACCACGUACGCCCGAGUGCCAAGGCGCGAUUAGGGGCAAAGCCGUCAAAACGACUGGCCUCGAUGGCCGACGUGCGCGCAAGGCCUCAAGCUCCGUUAGAACGCUGGCUACCUGUCUGCUCGAAUUCGAAUGCGCCGCCGCCCCCGACGCGCCGCUGCAGUCGCCUGCGCCUGGAGACCUCGUUGUCAACGUCGUACCUCGCCUCGAUAUGCUGUUGGUGGAAGCAGCGCCGUCAACGCUGUCGGCGCGUCACCGUCGACGCAGCCUCGACCACCGGCGUUGGUGUCUCCUUCAGCACCGGCAGUCGGCAGCAACGACGCUCCAGCACGCAUGGCGGUGCCAUCUGCACCGUCAGCUCCAGAGACGACACCACACAGCCGCCAGUAUCCUCGCUACGUUUUGGCGGCGACGCAAGCGGUGCUGGCGCCGUCGCCACCGAGCCGCCGUCGCUAUCCAGUCAAAAUGGCUCGAGUACCGCGAGAAGCAACGGAAAAUGCGGCUUCUCCGUGAGCGCACGGCGCAGCUCAUGGGUGGCGUCGUCGUCCAGUGCAUCCAAGAAGCCAUCGACAAGCACUUGCGCACGCGGGCCGCCGGGCGGUUCAUUGCCAAGUGGGUUCUUCGCGUCUACCGCACCACGUCGGCAGAUGCAUCCUAUCUCCAGCCCCUCGAAGCCGCCGACGAAGACGUCCCCGUCGCUUUGGUCAUCCCGUUGCCGACAUGUCCGGCGUCCUUGGCGUCGGAGGAAACCACCGCGUACUAUAUGAGCGAGGAGUUUGAUGACGUGGCAGUACCAGCAGUCGUUCUGACGCCGCCACUGCCGUCGUUGCUGUCGCCGCGCGCGCUGCUGCUCAAUUACUUUGUCGAAUGGAUGACCAACACCCUCCGGCGCGUCCAGUUCCGCAGCAUUCAGAUGCGGGCGCUUCGACACCGGCGCGUCGACGCGUUUCGCAUUUGGCGAGCGACGACGGACGACUGGCGCCGACGGCGGGAGGCCUUCCAGGCGUGGGCCGCCGUCGCCUCGGCCGAGUCGAUCAAGCGCGCGCAGCUCCGCAUCGAGUUUGCGCAGGACGCCAAGGCGUGGAAGAAGCUGCGGUCGGGCGUGCGGCACAAGCGCUGGACCAAAGCCAUCGAGGGCGGGCGGCAGCACGGCAUGGAGGCAUAACACACGCCGUUAAGAG